UAAUAACUCUCGGACUCGUUUAUGCACAACAUCAUUUCCUUUAAACAUUCAGAUCCAAUUUCCUCUGCCAUUUCACUCUUUCCAAUUUUCACCUUCUCUGUAGAAAUAUAAUCCAAUAUAAAGGGCUUUGCCUUUUCUUUUCGAUUCUGUUAUCUCAAAAAUGACGGACAACAACAACAACCCGAACUUCAACAGCUAUAAUAAUGAUGGAGAGGAAUCAAGCCCGUUAUUGAAGAAGAACCUUGAAGACAACGACAAGAAACCCACCAAGGUUUCUGCUGAUGCAAAGAUCGCCACCGCUACCCUGGCAUCUGCUGGGCCUGAAUAUGGAUGUACCGUCAAUGGGCUUCCCUUGAUUCAUGGGAGCGUGAUGGGUGAGCCUAUGGGACGGGCUCAGUGGGACUCCUGCCUUUUCUGUUGCCUCGGUCGCAACGAUGAAUUCUGUAGCAGCGAUCUUGAAGUCUGUCUUCUUGGAAGCAUUGCCCCUUGCGUGCUGUAUGGAAGCAAUGCUGAGAGACUUGGAUCUACUCCUGGAACAUUUGCAACCCACUGCUUGUCAUACUAUGGUUUGUACCUGAUUGGCAGCUCAUUUUUUGGUGGGAAUUGCAUUGCACCAUGGUUUUCAUAUCAUAGCCGGACAGCUAUCCGCCGGAAGUUUAACCUAGAGGGUAGCUGUGAGGCACUUAAUAGGUCAUGUGGUUGCUGUGGAAGCUUUGUGGAAGAUGAUCUGCAACGCGAGCAGUGUGAAUCAGCAUGUGAUUUUGCAACUCAUUUUUUCUGCCACACAUGUGCUCUUUGCCAGGAAGGUCGCGAGAUUCGUCGGAGGGUACUCCAUCCUGGUUUCAAUGCUCAACCAGUCUUGGUUAUGAUCCCUCCUGGGGAGCAAUCCAUGGGACGUGGGGCUUGAAUGCUUCCUUCCCAGCAUUAGAAAGUUAUAUCCUGUUUUUACAUAUUUGGGUGUGAUGUUUAAAGUUUCUGAAAACCAGGUGGUUUUGUUGGAUCUCUUCCAAGCAUAAAAAAAUAAAUAAUUAUGGACACUUUUGAUCGC